UCACAGUUGCUCCCUGGAUUGUAGCAGAGAGAGAGAGAGAGAGCAGCCCUCCUGCAGCCCGUUCGCCCACCACCAUGGAUGUCAAGCUGCUGGCGCUGAUGGCUCUGAUGGCCGUGGCCACACAUGUACCAACCUCCAGCGCAAAGCCCAUCAGUCUGGUGGAGCGGUGCUGGUGUCGGUCCACCCUCAACACGGUUCGUCAGAGGUCCAUCAAGGAGCUCAAGUUCCUCCACACACCCAACUGCCCCUUCCAAGUCAUUGCCAAACUGAGGAACAACAGGGAGGUUUGCAUCAACCCGGAGACCAAGUGGCUGCAGCAGUACUUAAAGAACGCCAUAAACAAGGUGAAGAAAUCGAGAAGACGCAAUCACAAGAAACACUAAACGCAAGGGAAGAAAUGUCGUCCGGCGCGGUCUCCCCCGAGUCGACACCUGUAUACCUCCCCUGUCUCUGCUAUGGAUGUAUGUAAACACGCUGAAUGUACCCGUCCACCUCUCUGGACCGCUUGCAGAACCAGCACUGAACCGACAAACCGCCUUGUCUCAAGCACCGCCGCCGCCACCGCCCCCUCCGGACGCCCACGCAGUCACCCCCGUCCCUCCCCGUGAGCACCAAGUGCAAUUAUAGCUUGAGAUGGUGGGAUGAAUGCUCAUGUCAGAUAUAUAUGUGUGUGUGUGUGUGUGUGUUUGAAUGUGCAACAUAUGACUAACUCUAAAUGUGCGUCUGUAUAUAGUAUUUUCUUACUUUCACACAGCUAGAAAGGAACAAUUUGAGCGUUCAGGCUCACGCAAGGCAUUGUGGGUAAUGGCACCUUUACGUCAUGGGAAAACAAAAUACUCACCGGUCUAGAGAAGCAAUUAAAAUUGGGAUUUUGUUGGCUGCCCGACUAUAUAUAUAUAUAUAUAUAUAUAUAUAUAUAUAUAUAUAUAUAUUCAUUAUGAAAGAAGUGUUUCAUUUAGAAAACACCAAAACUCAAUCCACCCAAGUUAUUUUCACAGCAAUAUCUCAACACAUAGUUUUUUUACUCCAUGACUGAGGGGUCAAGGGGCAGUAACAGAGUCCAGUGGGGUUAACCCUUCACAAGUGACCAAUCAGGGCAGGCCGUGCUACAACAGUAUCUUGAAUUGUCCUCACGCUCGCUUCAGCAUCAGGAACAACACUGAUGGAGACUCACACACACACUGCUAAGAAACCAGCGCUGACCUUGAGGUGCCAUAUAUUCCGUAUACGGGGUCAGAGCCAUUGACAUGAUUAUAUUUCACUGUUUAUUAUAUGCAUGAUUCAACAUGUGGGAUUGUGACCUCUGUUUCGUAUAAAACACACUUUUGUUUUUUUUACCAGUCACGAGAUAUUUGAAGUGCUGUUGUUAAAGUUCAUGUGGGAAAUGAAAUAGAAAGCUGAUUUUAUGUGAAGGCCAUAGUGCCAUUGUAUUGAUAAAUACGAAAAGGAAGUUAAACACUUGCAUCAUUUUUGUUAUUGAACAUAUCAGGACACAGAGACCAAAUACUUUACCAGUAAUACAUGCAACUUGAAGAAACCAGUGAAAGCAUGACUUUCAAUUUCAUUUAUUGUUAUAAAAAGAUUGUCAUAGUUCCUUAUUUUUUUCAACUCGACAAAGGGACUAAAUGUAAAUGUAUAUCGCGACUACAGAGCAAUUCAACUGCAGUAUUUUCAUGCCAGCACCUGUCCUUGGUGGGAUGAAAAGCUGCGAACUGUCACAUGAAACAGACCAUGAUACAUAUCACCAUGUGUCCAUCGUGGCAAAACAGUUUUUGAGUAGUCUUUUUCUAUAUAUAUUUGAGCCACUUUAUUAUCAGAUGUGUGAUUUUAAAUGUAACUGUUUUAUUUUUAUAUUACUAAAUGCUUUUUAAUGCAAUGUACCGUAGGCCGUAGCUACUAAAUGAAGGCUAGCCCAUAAAAUGUAACAAACAGUAUUAAGCUUAAUCGUUAAGAUGUCAUGCAACACACAUGUAAUGGUUUGUUACUCCACAGUAUUCAACACUGAAAUACCCUUUUUUUAAAUCUUUUUUUUUUAACAAUGUUGAUGAAAAAAAAAAGAUCGGCCGAUCAAAUCAGAUAUCGUCCUCCUUGUGUUGUUGUUGUUGUUUCUCCGUAUUGUUUCGAUUCUCCACCGAUGCGAGAUGUAACAAUGGUGAAUCGAAUAUCACGGCGAUAGAAAACAAAAGCCGCUGUCAUCGUGUUACAUGUGACGGGAAACUAUCUGGCCCACCAGUCGCCCACAUUGCACACUUGAUUCCAUUUUUCUUCCUAGUUUUACCGAGGUUGAUGUAUGAUGUGUCAAGAGAGCCGCUGAGCCAAAACCCAACACAGCGUUUGAGCUGAGAUCCCAGAGACCGACAUGUGCUUUCAAUCUGGACGCUCCCAGCACCCCAUGGGCUUUCUUUUUCACUUUCCCUCAACUGUUGCCAUGCCGCAACCAUUUUUCCCGUAAACUGUUUGUGGUCUAUGUUCUAUGUUCCGUUCUGUUUUUCCUCGGUCGGUCUGCCGAGUGCCCGCUCACAUCGUUACACUCGUAUCAAUUUGCAGAUAAUGGUGCAAUAAUCCUGUAAGUGUCGGUCAUUUUCCACUAAUCUGAUAGAAGUUAAGGGACACUUAUUUUAUAGGAUUAUACUCAUUUGUUUCAACACAUUGCUGAAUAAGUUGUUUUUUUAAACUCCAGUUCCCAAACGCACUGUUAUGUCAUGAUAAAAGUCACAUGUUAUUCAUUGUGUGAAUUCAAAUCAAUUCCUAAAAUACUUUCAAGAGUUAAAUCUAGAAGAAGAUUCUGUUGUUACCUCUGUAAACGUAAACCUCUCUCAUAUAAAACGUGAUCAUUAUCUCAAUAAAAGGAACAAAUCUACUGGCAAAACCUGUUUAGUGUGACUAAAUAGUGUCACACAUUGACACUGACUCUUUUGUUAAUGUGCAAAUGGAGUAUUUACAGAAUUUUUUUUGUGGUCUAUUAUUUUGGACCAAUUUCAAAUUUAGGUUCACAUUGAUGGUGUUUUAGUAAAUCACUCAAAAUAGGUGCAUAUCUUCUACUUUGGACCCCGAGACAAUGUGAAAUGUAUUUCUUUUGAGGCAGCUUCUGACAUUUUAUUACGCUCUGUAUUGUCACUCUUUAUAAACCAAGAGACGCUAUUUUCACUGUGAUGCUCGAGCCCUUUUUAAAUAAAGUAAAAAUUAAAUAAA